CCGCUACCCUCCCCCCCCCCCCCCCGUUUUCCGAGCUGGCGUGGCGACGCAAACUCACAAAUAUUUACUUCCUGUACAUCAAGAGGAAAGGGGGCCCCCCUUUCGUGGAAUGCGGCAACAUGGGGGUGUUUGACCGCGGAGUCCAGAUGCUGCUGACCACGGUGGGGGCCUUCGCCGCCUUCAGCCUCAUGACCAUCGCCGUGGGGACGGACUACUGGCUGUACUCGCGCGGCGUCUGCAAGGUUAAGAGCACCAACGAGAACGAGACCAGCAAGAAGAACGAGGAGGUGAUGACGCACUCGGGCCUCUGGAGGACCUGCUGCCUGGAAGGUUCCUUCAAAGGGAUGUGCAAGCAGAUCGACCACUUCCCCGAGGAUGCGGAUUAUGUGGCGGAUGCUUCCGAGUACUUCCUGCGUGAGUGCUUCCCUCACCCGCCGUCCAUCUUCACGCUGCUGCUUCAUUCACUUCUGCUUUGCUCCUGUUGUUGAACGAGACAAAAUGUUGUUGAAUUUCCCUUUUUCAUGAAACGUUUUACUGCGUCAAAGAACAGAAACAGGAGAAAUAAUCCUUAACUGAGGAAACAAACUAUGAUUCCUUCAAAACCGCCGUUUGGUUGGUGGAUUCAUUUUUAAGGGGCCACAGCUGCUGGUG